GCCACGAGCCGCGCUGCUUGGUGGGGGACGCCGUGGACGCCGCGGUGGCUGCUCCGGCCCGUUCAGCCGCUGAUGGUGGACUUGUUUACCAUAUUUGGCAAGCGAGCCAGCUCCACGCGUGGGAAUUGGACGAGCGAGGCCGUCAUUCACAAAAGUCAACCUUAUGGAGCUUUUACAAACAAAGCGCACGCUCAUGGGACUUGUAGUCCAAAACAAACGCCUAUCCACGCGGAGCGCGUCACUCCCGCGGUGGUUUGUGGCCCACAGACGCGUCAUGUUUUAAAACCGCCUCACGGUUAUGAUCUUAUUUUGGUUGGAUUCGUGUUUCAGCGUGGGGAUAGACCCCACAGCUGGCCGCGGAGCGCCUCUACGGACUACAACUCCCAGCGGCGGGCGCUCCCCCCGGAUUGGCUGCGUCACGCUGUCGCUCAGCCGCCGCUCCGUCCUCCAGCGCUCCUACAGUAAAUAUUUGUGUUUGCUCAACCGGCUGUAAUGGUGGACGAGUGAAGGCAGAGCGAGUCGGAGCACAGCGGAAGCGCAGAAAGAGGAGAACCAGGCCCGGAACGACGCAACGUUGCGCCACAGCCAGCUGCCGCCACUUUGAGGAGGAAACGGACGCGCUUCGGUGGGAAAAUGGACGAACUCAAACACCAAGUGAUGAUUAACCAGUUCGUCCUGACGGCGGGGUGCGCGGCGGACCAGGCGAAGCAGCUCCUGCAGGCGGCACACUGGCAGUUUGAGACUGCGCUCAGUGCCUUUUUUCAAGAAACAAAUAUUCCAUAUGGCCAUCAUCAUCAAAUGAUGUGCACCCCAGCCAACACCCCCGCCACGCCCCCCAACUUCCCCGACGCGUUGACCAUGUUCUCCCGGCUGAAAGCCUCCGAGAGCUUCAACAGCAGCGCCGGCAGCCCAAUGACCGCCUCCAUGGCCACCUCGCCACCCCCACCGCAGGUCGGCGGCUGGGGGCUCCCACCAAAUGUACCUAACGUGCCGCAACCUCAGCAGGGACUCUGGACUCAGGGGCAGACCCCCACGCAGCCCUGCCCCCCCUGGCCCAUGGGCGUCAACCCUCACACAGGCGCCGAGCAGAAGGCUAGUGUGGCGAUGGAGGCGGAGAGAUGAAGGGCCGUAUGGGACUGAAGAGGCCCCGGCCCCCCUCACCUUCAUCGCGGGGGCGGGGCAUAGAACGGGGGACGGGGUGGGAGGCAAUAAUGAGUAGAAAUGGGUCUGGAUGGGAGGAUGUGGGAAAAAUCUACGCAAACCAAGAAAAAACUGAUUCUGGACGAUUUAAGAAGAGAAAACCAAUGCAAGCAUCAGAAUCCAGAAAUAGAAGAAAAAGAUACGCACACACAUAGUAAUAAGAGAGCAGCCGAAAUCUUUGUUAGUUUUCAUAAGUAAAUGCUUGGAUAAAAGAAAUAUUGAAGUAAAAAAAACAGAAAUAAAAAAAAAAAUGUCACGCCCAAGGAUUCUCUACGACGUUCCAGGACGUUCCAGGACGUUCCAGGCAGCCUUGAAGCUUUUUUCUCAGCCGGUGUUUUUUACCCGCCGCUGUUCUAUGUUCCUGCGACAGUCUGUGCUGCAUGAGGAAACGAGCGACGCAGUGAUUCCUUUUUGUUUCUUCGAGAUGGAUCCAGAUUUCAUCAGCGACCUGUGGAGUGGGACGCAUGUGAGCGAGCGCUCGCCUUGUAAUCAGAAGUAUAUUCACAGCCAUCUCCUCUAUAUAUAUUAAUGUACACACUCAUAAGUUAGGGUUUAGCGGAAAAACGACGCCUCCAUGAUGGUCAGCCCCAUCGUCAAAAGGUGGGACGUCUUCUUACCUCACCUGGUGGUCACCUGACUUCUUUCAGCCAAUCAGGGAUUCUUCUUAAACCAGCUGUUGCCGGCGCCGGAUAUGUUUUUGUCAGUUUUUUUCUUAAAGGCGACAGCCAGCUUUGGUUUCUAAUAACUGAUCCUCACUGCAGCAGCUUCUCCUGACGCCGUUUUAAACCCGGACCGGGGGGAGGGGGGGGAGGGCUGCAAGAAAUCACUGUUUCAUAUGAUAUUGUUUCUGAUGCCGUUUUAUUUGUUGGAGGGUUACGUCUCUGAAAGUGGGCGGGGCUUCAGGUUCUUUUGUAAAAGUGAAUCAGUCGCAGCUAAAAUGAUGAGAUUAAAAAUGAGACUUCAUCUUUUUAAACAGAAACGCCACUUUUUGCAUGACGUCUUCACAACGUGUAACACCUUUUUGUAGAAAGCAUACGUAAGGUUGAGGUGUGUUUCAGGGCUGGGGGGGGGGGGGGGGGGUGUUCCCUACCUUAACAGAGCAGCAGUAGAUUAUUUUGCUGUAAAAUGUCUAAUUUAACAGAAGUUCAGCUGUAUGGACAAAGACGGAUAAAGGACGCCCGCCGCGGUGCGUUCAGGGACACUACGGACUACUUUCAGGGAUGCAGCGCGCCGGACGACUCGCCUCAGACGCUGAACUGUGGAGGUUUCACACCAUCCGUGUUUCUUUACUGCCGACAAGAGGACAGUUUGGGGACAACCUUCGUAAAUCUGCGACGUGUAGAAAGCAGCUUUGAGCCCUUUGACUUUUUUUCAGUUUUGAUUUUGAUCAGAGGUUUUAAAAAGAAAUAUUUUAAAUAGCUUAGGGUCUUUUUUUCUGAAAGAAGAGAAGAUGAUGGAUGUAUUGAUGAGGAAUAACCAACAUCCUGUUAUAAUUAUUUAGACUAAGCUAAUUCCCCCGUUUUCCCAAAGCUUUGUUCUUUAUUUGGUUCAAUCAGAGAGUUUGUGGGUGGGCCUGUUCCUAAUGGUUUCUCAUGGAUGUUUCCCCCCUUGUAUGUCUGUAUGAGACCAUUCCCACAAUAUUUGUGGACUACCUGAUAAAUAACUUAUCAUUUUUGUGAACCUAAAUAAAUAUUGUAUGUCAACCUG